AUGACUACCACAACAGGUCAAGGAAAAAACAAUGCCAGUAGCAACAACAUGGAUGGCCAUGUUGAAUCACAUAGUUACUCUUCUCUUCUUCCUUCUACAACACUAAAUCCUGCACCAAAAGUCAACAACAACACUAGUGAGCAAUCUUUGAAGACCUCGAUCGAUGUAUUGAAUGGUAACUCGAGUCAUCUUGUUGCUGUUUCUUCUGAUAAAUCUUUUAUUGAGAACAGAAAGGAAAACAACACAGCAACAACAACACAAACCUCUGAAUCUUCAAGUGAAACGGAUCAGAAAUUCGCAAAGAGAUGGCUGGACAUUCGUAAAAAGCUGGAGUUUCAUUAUCCUCCAAAGAUUGUUUCGACAUCUUAUGUGGUCUUUGAAAGAAUAAGCAAUCGCCACUCAAAAGCAUCAUCAUCCUCUUCUGAAUCAUUCAAACUCAUCAUUCAUUACUUUAAAGGCCCUAAAUUAACCCAUGGCAAAGCCUUUGAUGAGAGACAAUUGACACCAUUGACUUUAAAACCACAAGUGAUUCACUGUUCUUCUCGUCAUUCAGUCACUUCAAUGCAAGGUUUACUUUUGAAUCAUUUUGAUGUGAACGUACACAAGUAUUCCAUCUAUAUCAAGAUAGAAGGUUGUUCUGAAUAUCACAUGUUGUACUGUCAGAAAGGCAAAACAGAGAAUGUGAGAAGUUUGAUUCUAGUUCAAGAAAAUUCUUCACAACAGUACUUGACAAUUUCAACACGUUGUUUGUGUUUGAAUACAUUGUCAGACCUAAUCGUCAAACCAUUGGAACACAUACUUCCAACACAAUCUGAAGUGACAAAUUCCAAUACGUCUUCUUCUUCUUCUAAGAAUUAA